AACCCUCCAAACGUCACUCGAGACUCGAUUUAUUUCCAGUUUUGUUAUUGUUUUAACUUCGUGAAAUUGAAUUUUCUUGGAGAAACAAAAUUUUGCUGUGUGAUUUUUGUGAAAUUUGUGUAAAAUAAAUACUGUAAUAACCAUAACAAGAUGUUAUGCUGAAAUAUUUGUAAGCUCAUAAUAAGGAAAAUGGAUUUCAACAAGCAGCAAUUGAGCGAACAAGUAUACUGCGCAUUGUGCUUUGGCCGGAAGUGUUCCACAAAACCAGACGAGGUAUUUGUUGCAAUCCACAGUGAAGAGGGCAGAAGCAGAAACAUCAGCGCCCUCAUACGGAAAUAUUUCCCUGAGGAAAACAUCCAGGAGAAAGGAUUUUGUUGUUCAAGUUGCUGCCAGCAACUAGAAAAUUUCCACCGGUUCUAUUUGCAAAUCAAGGAAAUUCAAUCGAGCGGAAGAAUGCGUUCGAUUGAAGCGAACGAAGGAUCGAAUCAACUGUCGGAAGCAUUUCAGCUCGAUAUGCACAUUAAGGAGGAAAAGAUAGACGAAGGGUACAAUUACAAUCAAACUGGCGAUGAGGAAGCAUUGAACGAUUUCUUAAAAGGGCAGUAUCGUCCUCAAUCGGAUACAAACGGGAAUGAUCUAUCGCAAAAUCGAAUCUUAGACGCGAUAGUCAAUGAGUUUCAGGCCAGUUCGUUAAGUGGUACCGAAUCGAUAGGAUGUGGAACCGAUCAACCAUACUCGAAACGGGUGAAACGAAAACUCAAUGAAAAUUGGCAAACCAGUCGUAAUGAUUUGGUAUUCAGCAAUACAAACGAUCCCGAUUUAGAUUUCAUGGACGAGGAAUUUUAUCAGUACGACAAACCACCCGACGAUCGUGAAGAUCACACAACAUCGGCGGAGGCUUCUCCGUUCGAAGAACUGGAACGUUUACGAAGGGAAAACGAAUUGCUCAAAAGACGUAAUCAUCAGUUGGUUGUCCGUCUCAAAGAAGUACAUGUGCGCAACAUGGACCUCGUUAAGGUCAAUCAGGAGCUUUCUGAUAAACUUCAGUUGUACGAUCAGGGUCCAUAUACGAGAGCGGGCCCAACUAUUCCUGAGCAUAUUUCAUCAUCAUCUAAAUCGGCAACAUCUACAACUAAUAACAAGCAACCUUCUACAAAGUCGUCGUUGGUAAUUGGUCCAAUUCAAGACAUUCCACCGCCGCUACAUCAGGAACAACAACUACAACAUACUUCCAGUGAUAGAAUCAAGAGUAGUGCUUAUAUAUUGGACAACGGUGAUGUCAUAGUAAGAGACUCUCUCAUUCCUUUCCAAACAAUGGUAGAUAUUGAUUCGGUAGAACCGGGCGAAAAGUACGAUCUAAGAUUUAUCAGCAAAUUGGCUUUGGCACUAUGGGGACAAGAAAGGCUGGCAGUGAGUAGUGUUACUGGACGAAAAUCAAACAAUGCUGUCAACGCAACACCGAGCAUACAACUGGAACCGGAAAAACUAAGUUUUAUUAAAGAGAAAGUCUAUAAUCGAGUUAUGCAAGAAUCAAAUGAUCGACUACAGGCAAUGGCUCGAUCCGACGAUGCAAGAAUUAAUCGGUUGCUGAAUAUCAAAAUACAAAACGCCAAGCGUAAGAAAACUCCCAACCAACCGAACGUAUGACCGAAGGAUAUUGUUUCAAUGAUGAUUUGAUUUGAAUGAGUGAAUUACAUACAAGUAUGUAACACAAAAUCUACACUGAUGGACUUAAGUAUUCGUCAUAUUUUCAUAAUAAUCUCUAUGGAUUUAUAACGAAUACGUUUGUCCCUUUUGGAUAAAUCUAUAUUAAAACUUCAUUAUCUGAACAA